CGGCAUCGCGAGAAGCCUCAUCGCAAAACCCCGCGAGAGCGAACGACCACAACAAGCUCACCUCAUAACCCCAGUUGCAACCCGUCCCGACGGUCCGAAUACUGGUGAUUGGGUAGGAGGACUUGUUUACCCGAGAACUUGAGAAAGGUGGACAGAUAGGAAGAGGAGCAUGAAGAUACGUUGAACAUUGAAUCAUACAUACCUCACGAUACGAUACGAUACGAAGUUCUCGCCUCGGUCCAUCCUCUUACACAUAUACACACAGCCAUGCGGUCUUUCGCUUUAGCCGCGCUGCCGCGAGCUUGCGGCGCCAGCAAGAAUGUCCUAACGAAAGCGACUCCGUCCAUACAAGCGCUCGCCACGCGAAGAACAUUCUCCUCCCUCCCCACCCUCCGGCCCACGCUCCAAGCGUGGUCCUCGCGCCCCGUCUUCCGCAACCCCAACACUUCUCCUCUCCUCCAAUCCUUCACCCCACAACCCAGCGCCGCCGCCGCGGGAGCCGUCACCCCGGACCUAGUCCCCAAAACCGCCCUGACCUCGCACCCGUCGCUGUCGGGCGCCGCGCAGGUGCGCUUCGGCCCGCGCCCCACGAUGGCGCGCACCAGCCGCCUCGUGCGCAAGCGCCGCCACGGGUUCCUCAGCCGCCUGCGCACGCACAACGGCCGCAAGACGCUGCAGCGCCGCAAGGAGAAGAAGAGGUCUAGCCUGUCGCAAUAGAUAGGUAAAUAGAUAAAUAAAUAGCCUAUAGCCUGUAACCAGUCUUCCAUACCGUCGUGCUUCCCCUUCGGUACCCUACCCUGUCUAUUUAUUUACCUACCUCGGGGUAUAGAUAUAGAUAUGGGGAUGGAUGGAUGGAUGGAUAGGGCCUUUGGUCGUCGAAGACGUGAAGAUCAAAUGUUCUUGACAUCCAGGUUUUCUGUGAGGAUCCCGUGGGAGGAGAAUACUAAGGCGUGAGGCGAGGCCAGGGGGGGGAAUUAGGUGCUAGCUUUGGCUGUGUGGUCCUUAUGUGCCGGGGUAGAGAAGGGAGAGGAGGGAGGUGUAUUUAUUAUAUAUACCGCAUAUAGAACUGUAUAUUCCAAGAACCAUCUCUAAACCCGAAA